ACAACGCAUGGUUCGGUCGGAAUUUUUGGGCGCUCGCUGUCAGCAUCUGUCCGGAGGAAUGUCCCCAGCGCUGCAUCUCCUGUGGGUUCUGCUGGUUCAUUUACCAGUGGUUUUAUUGUGUUUUAUUGCAGAUAUCCACGCGGCCCCAGUGCUCAAUCAGACACCAAUGUCGGGACCUGUUUCCGCGGGACAAACCGCCCGCUUAGAGUGUCGGAUGCAGAAUGGUAAUGUUGGAAGUUACUACAUGAGCUGGUACCGACAGCCUCCCGGGGAGAGACCGAAGUGGGUAUUAACUCAUUACAAAGACAAUAGCAUGAACCGCGGGACAGGGAUCACAGACCGUUUUCAACCGUCCAGAGACACCUCCAGCAACAGUCACAUCUUGACCAUUAGCAGUCUGGAGCCCCGGGAUUCCGCCGUCUAUUACUGUGCAGCGUGGAAUAAUGAAGCUGCCUUCGGUCCAGGCACCAUCCUGGGCAUUAAGAGUAGCGAUUCCCGGGAGCCCUCAGUUCUCCUGCUCCCUCCCUCUCUGGAGGAGACCGACAAGGGUUCGGCCACUCUCUCCUGUCUGGUGAGUGGUUUUAAGCCGGGCUUGGUAGCACUGCGCUGGAGCGUGGAUGGAGUCGAGACGGAGAGCGGGGUGACGACAGGCGCCGUGGCCCUGGACGCUGACCAGACCUACAGGCUGAGCAGUUACCUGCGAGUAACCACCGCUGCCUGGAACAAGGGCUCGAGUUAUUCCUGCAGCGUGAGCCACAGCUCGCUGAGCUCGCCGCUGCGCAACACCAUCUCUUCGUCCGCCUGUGCGCAUUUGUUGGCUCUGAAAGCGGAGGGGUUCCCGAAGUUUGCAGAACAACGCAUGGUUCGGUCGGAAUUUCUGGGCGCUCGCUGUCUGCACCUGUCCGGAGGAAUGUCCCCAGCGCUGCAUCUCCUGUGGGUUUUGCUGGUUCACUUACCAGAUAUCCACGCGGCCCCAGUGCUCAAUCAGACCCCAAUGUCGGGACCUGUUUCCGCGGGACAAACUGUCCGCUUAGAGUGUCGGAUACAGAACGGUAAUGUUGGAAGUUACAACAUGUACUGGUACCGACAGCCUCCCGGGGAGAGACCGAAGUGGGUGUUAGUACAUACCACAAGCAAUAACAUAUACCGAGGUACAGGGAUCACAGACCGUUUCCAACCGUCCAGAGACACCUCCAGGAACAGUCACAUCCUGACCAUCAGCAGGUUGGAGCCCCGGGAUUCCGCUGUCUAUUACUGUGGAGUGUGGGAUAAUGGAGUUAUCCUCGGUCCAGGCACCAUCCUAGAUAUCAAGAGUAGCGAUUCCCGGGAGCCCUCAGUUCUUCUGCUCCCUCCCUCUCCGGAGGAGACCGGCACGGGUUCGGCCACUCUCUCCUGUCUGGUGAGUGGUUUUAAGCCGGGCUUGGUAGCACUGCGCUGGAGCGUGGAUGGAGUCGAGACGGAGAGCGGGGUGACAACAGGCGCUGUCUCCCUGGACACCGAUCAGACUUACAGGCUGAGCAGUUACCUGCGGCUAACCACCGCUGCCUGGAACAAGGGCUCGAGUUAUUCCUGCAGCGUGAGCCACAGCUCGCUGAGCUCGCCGCUGCGCAACACCAUCUCUUCGUCCGCCUGUGCACAGGAAAGAGAACACAUUGCACCCGCGCAGUUAGCUUCUUUCUCGCGCAAACAGUUACAGCGGUUAGACGUUUCCGUUGAGUCGUACACUUCAGGGAAACGGUCUGAAAAGGGCUCAGCGGGGUCUCACCAGUAUGCAGAACGGGGAGUCACCUCCUCCUAUUCGGGACUACUCGUCCCGCGGGGAUCGUGGCGUUUCAUGGUGCCUGUUGGGAACGGCUUUACGGAUCAAAGUGGCCAACUGCGCGCUCACCGCCUCUGUGUCACUGGGAAUCAGUCGCCGCCUUCUGGAAGAGGGCUGAUUGGAGGAAAUGUAAAGACGGGGCCCCUUGUUUUCCUAGGAGCUGCCGGAAAAGAAAGCAGCCGCUUAAAGGGGCAGCGUCCCUCCUCCAUCGCAGCCGCUGCAAACGACAGGAUUGACUGCUGCGUUUCUCCUGGCUCUGGUUAUAGCAUCCGCCAUAGACCUGUUUCGGCGGUAGGCGAAUUGCAGCGGGUGGAGGUUUUCCGGAUAGCUGGAUUGGAUACGGGCCAUGAAGAGGCUGUUGGAGCUUUUCAUGAUGCCAGAUGUCAAAUCCACAGCUCUCACCCCUCCCUUGCACCGAUCUUGCAAACCGAUGAACACGCGUCUGCGAUUAACACUCGGAGUUUAAUUCGGUCACGAACAAUGAGACGCUUCGCGGUCUUCGCGCUGUCUUACCUACUGCAAGUUUGUGUGUCUCAGGCCGCCUUGUUCCAGUCUCCGCCGAUUCAGACCGUCCGUGUCGGAGGUCGGGCCGUCCUGAACUGCAGCCGGGACCUCGGUGUGCUUGCUAUUAUAAACUGGUAUAAACGGAGCGACCAAAGGCAUCUGCAGUUCGUUGCCAGGAUGGGCAGAUUCUCGGAAGCAGAGGGGAGGUUCUCGGGGCAGGUGGACGAAAAAUCGGGCACUUACUCCCUGGUGAUAGAAAACGUUCAGCGAAAUGAUUCUGGGAUCUAUUUCUGCGCAGCCCAGUUCUAUGGCGAGUUCGGCAAUGGAUCCAAACUAGUGGUAACAGCCCAGCCUCCCACGAUAUACCUGUUAGCGCCACAAGCCGAUGAAAUUCCCCGGAUGCAACUGGUGACCUUCGUGUGUUUGGUGAGAGGCGUGUCUUCCGAUUCCCUGAACAUCCGCUGGAACAUAUCGGGAAAUACCAUAGAAGGUCUCGUUGAUCCCCCGAUAUUUGAUCCGGACGGAGGUUACAGCGUUAGCAGCCGCUUCCAGAUCCCGGCGGAAAGUUGGCGUAGCGGCGCCGUCUGCAAUUGCGUCACUGGACAUCUGGUCAGUGACAGUGUCUCCGCUCAGAAAGCACAGCCUCCCACGAUAUACCUGUUAGCGCCGCAAGCCAAUGAAAUUCCCCGGAUGCAACUGGUGACCUUGAUGUGUUUGGUGAGAGGCGUGUCUUCCGAUUCCCUGAACAUCCGAUGGAACAUAUCGGGAAAUACCAUAGAAGGUCUCGUUGAUCCCCCAAUAUUUGAUCCGGACGGAGGUUACAGCGUUAGCAGCCGCUUCCAGAUCCCGGCGGGAAGUUGGCGUAGCGGCACCGUCUGCACUUGCGCCACUGAACAUCUGGUCAGUGACAGUGUCUCCGCUCAGAAAGACAGCCUGCAGGCGCAACUCUGUCAUAUGAUUGCAAUUGGCCUGGCGGCGACCCUCGUGUUACUUGCUGUAGGGGCGACCACUGUGGCCAUUAGGAAGUAUCGAAAGGAACGCGAACCAGUAAAAGGAGAAACGGCAAGCAAAAACACCACCACCCGGCGAAAGGAUCGAGAACGUGAUAUCUACGCCCAGCUGGCGAUUGAUACUAAUUGAUCUGGAAAGGCAGAGUGAAUAUUAUCCUCAGUGAACAAAGAAAGAUUCAGACCUUGUUUCGUUUGUGCGGAGCAAAAACAGCAACGGAGUAGCAUGAUUAAAUGUUUUUCAAGAGUCGUGUUAGUAACGGCACAAGCUGAGAAAUUUACGGUGCGGGAGCGGCAAACCGGACCCGCCGAGAUGAAAACGUUCACACUCGAAAGAAAGCCCGCGCGCAGGUGGCGUAAUUGAUUCACGGCGCCAUCGAUCGGCCGCAUGCGCAGUUGUCAUAUUCCCGUAUCUCUCCAUCCAAAGCCUCAGUCAGAGCUCCCUCAGUCUCAGACCAAUCGGUAAUAAUGAACAACGGUUAAUCUGUAGACCCAUCCUUGAUUAUGUACAGUUUGCUACGAUUAAAACUAACCCUUGUGCUAACUACUGCUUCAAUA